GCCUGCCGGCCGGCCGCCUCAGUCCGUGACGCGCGUCCGCGGGGACGGCCGUAUAUCGCACCGCGCGAUCCCGAGCGCCCGCGAGUGACUACUUACGUACACAUGCGCUCCUUAUACUAUAACUCUCCUUUUAUAGUACGAGUGACGCUUCAAUAAUGCUGAUGGUACAGACUAACACUCAACCCAUGAAGAACACCAAAAUUAAAGGUCCACCUCCUAUCCCGCCGCGGCCCAACCAGAGCGUCGUCGCCGAGGCCCUAGCGAAAACGAGGAAAGCGGUCGCCGACUCCAAGGCCAGCCUCGUUAAAUCUCGGACGCUGUCAAAGGAUCGGCAAGCUACGACCAAAGCCAAAACGUUAGAUCGGAGUUCCGCUAGCCCUUCGUCGGUAUCACCCAAACAGAAUGGUUUGGCCAGAGUAAAAUCGUUCAUUAAAGAUGUCAUCAGCGACCGAAGCUCCUCGUCCGAUGAGAGAAAAUCCAGCGGCCAAAACUCCAGGCGGAGCUCCAGCGACAGUAGCUCCAUACAGUCCCCAGCUUCGAAUAAGAGAUCCAACGAAUCACUUAAUUCUAAAGCGGUUAAAACAUGUAAACAAAUUUUAGUAAGGUCCUUGUCUACAUCGAAUAAAUUAGAUCAAGACGCUAAGGGUAAAGUCACGAAGUCAUCAAGUUUCGUGGAAAAAACCUUACCUUUGCGUAAAGCACCACCGCCGCCUUUAUCACCAAAACCUAAGCUGAAACCAAUGAAACCUAUACCUGUACAUAGGAAUUCCUUAGAAAGAAAGAAAUCAAUACCAUCGUCUCCAAAUUCUCCAACGACUUCAUCUCCCGAAGUAAGUCCGUAUUCGUCGCCAGUAGAUGCUAAACCCCCACAGAGCCCGACGAUAGAAGCACCUUACGCCACGGUAGAGGAAGUUCAGGAAUUCGACGACAGAUUACGAAAUAGCCCAUCAAAGCAAGUCAAUAACCUCCCGGAUACACAAAACGCCCCCGACACUCCUAAUCGUGACGAAACUGUAAAUAAAAAUAACAAUUCACUCGAACGAAAAACCUCUCGCGUCACCGAGAUGCUAAUUUCAGAAAUAAUUGCCAGUAGAAACAAUAAAAAGAACGAAGCUAAUACAGUAAUAGAUAAAGGCAAGGAUUCCGAGAAUAUGAGUAACGGCAAUGAUUCGCCGGGGAUAGUGAUGAAGGAUAUGAAUAACCACGAAAUGUUGAUCUACGAGCUGCAGACGAUGCGCUCGCAGUCGAACGUGCCAGAGACGUUGGAGCCAAAGGACCCUGUGGUCGAAAGAAGUGAAAAGUGUGAUUCUGAGGACUCCGAACAAAAUUAUGCUAUGUCGUCAGUGUCCAAUUUCAGUGGGCACACAGAUGAUGAGAGUGAUCAGGCCUAUGCGUACAUUGUCGACGAUGAUCUCAAAUCAAGGUUACGCAAACAGUUCAAAGCCAUCAGCACGAUGUCGCUGCAGGGUCUCCCGCCGCUGCCCAAGAGCCUGAGCGGCUUCACGGAGGGCGAGCCGGAGUCCCCGCCGGCCGCCGUCGUGGACGACGAGAAGCCCCCCACUGAUCUCGACUCGCAACUCACCUAUUUGAAAAAAGAAAUGGCGAGCCUCCGUCAGUUGGACCUGUCGCUGCUGUCGGAACUGUGGUCUCUGAGCGAGGCCAUGGCGUCCUGGCGCCGGCAGCUGGAGCGCGGCCCGAGACUGCGCCCCGCGCCGCCGCCGCCGCCCCCGCCGCACUACCUUAGAACUUAAGUUAAAUUAUCAUUUCAACGACCACUGGCACCACUACCUAACACCGUAAGAACAGACAAACACACGAAAGUUUUUUUAGAAAUUUAGAAUUCUGCUAAUAGGUGUGGGAUAGUUUGGACACUUUUGACAGACAUUAGGUAUCUACAUGUUUUCUUUGAGGCACCCUUAUUUAUUAUGAAGAUCCUGUUUUAAGACUGCAUCGACCGUCCAGUGGCGUUCUCAUUGGGAGAAUUUUGUUUUCUAAUAAACCAAUUAAUUUAUGUAUAAAUCAGUAUAUUACUAUUGUUGUCCUACUGAUUCCCCAACUGUUGGUGUUUGUCACAUAGUUUUAUUUUGCUUCAUCAGUUAUCACCUAAAAUGUGAGCUUUAAAAUCUGGCCACCAUUUGCAGUUUAGUUGAUAAAGUGAAAAACAAUAGUAAUAUACUGAUUUAUACAUAAUUAACAUUAAUUGGUUCAUUUGAUAACACGGUUCCCCCAAUGAAGGCGCCACUGGACGGUCAAUGGAGUCUUAAUGCUUACUAUCCGGAAAAUAGGUCUGUCAUACUGUACAAAAAAAAGACGUAGGUAUUACAUAUAUCCCAUGGAUACUUAACAUACUUAUUAUUAAUAACUAUUGUCGUUUGUUGCAACCUCAUUAUUAGUAUUUGUAAUAAAGGGUGUCCAAUUUCUCCAUCCUUUGUUGCCUUCUGUUGCAACAUGUUGUAACAUCCCGGUACAUAAAAGAUCUGAAUUAAUGUGAGUCUACAUCGUUUAUAAAUCUUCAAUUGUAAUGUAGGAUUUUAAAUUAUAGAAACUAUUCCAAACGCAUUUAUCAGAUUUCAGGUGACGGUGUUUCUUGUUUCUGUUGUUUACUUUUAUAAAAGUUAUACCAUACCUAGUCUGGCCAACCAUUUCGACUCUUCCUUCAGACCUUCAUCAAUACCCAACCCUUUCUUUGGGAUGUUAAUAUUAGCGUAAGAAUAAACGUGAUUGGUUGGCUAAACUAUUUAAAUAACAUGGCAGAUCACCACAGACAUAGGUAAUGUGUAUAUUGUGUGGAAUAAUAUUUGGUUGCAAUUGUAAGAUUUUUUAAAUAAAUCAUGACUAAGUGUUUCAA